AUGUUGUCUUUAGAAAGCACUGAGCUUUCACCGAGCAAUUCCGCUCAUAAUGUUGAAAAACCCACCUUACCCGAAUCCCUCUCGAAGUCAGAGCAUGAGUCGUCUGACGACAAUGCUUCUGGCGACGAGUCCGCCCCUAGAGCCUCUUCCCCCAAGUCGGAGAUGGAGGAAGAGUACUCUAGUUCUGAAGAUGAGUCUAUGAUCGACGAUAAGUUCUCCGAAGAAGAAAUCAAAGAGAUUUAUAAAGAUCUGCCCCAGGUUACUGAAACCCCUCAGGUUUCUGAAAUAACAAGCCAAACCCGCGAUUCCGAAACCCCUCAGGUUUCCAACCCCACGGAGUUCGACAAAGCGAACGCAUACUCCCGGCGCAUCGAGGAAAAGCAGUCCAACAAAAGACCGCGCAACCCCUCAAGCCCCACCCAAGAACAGCUGAAAAAAGCUAAAGACGUUGAUGGCAUGCAGCAAACAAUAGAGGAAUUGUUUGCUAAAUUGCAAGAGAAUGAGGUUGAAAGACGUCAGGAUCAGGCAAGGCAUAGCCAACAAAUCGCUGAGCUAAUGGAUGAGCUGAAAAAGCUUAGGACCAUGCUCGAGCAGAAAGAUCAAGAAAAUCGGGAACUAGUCGCACAGCUGGUGAAACUAACCGAUAGAUCUAAUCCCACCCCAACCCCCUCAGAGCCAGAAUCUGAACCCAACCUAGAAGUGGCAGAAAUGGACACGGAAGAGGUUGUGGACUCAGGCAGUGAAAGCACCUAUCGUUUUCCAAAAUACAGGAAAAAGAAAGGUGCAUGCAAAAAACCUAUUCAAGAACCAGAACACGGCAAAAGCAGUGUUAAAGACGCCCAACCUGAGGCAACCUGA